AUAUUUCUGUACGGCUCUGAAGCAGCCGGGGCAGUCGGUGGGUCGGGAGAGGUGCUGACAGGGCGGGGCCGCCGCUCGGCUCUGCCGGUCUCACCCCUCCCGCCCGGGACAGGUGGCUGGAGCGCGCCCCGCCUCCGCCAGCUGCGAGUAGAAGCGAGCUAGGGCCAGUCCCAGACGGCAGCCGCCAGCUGCAAGUAGGAGUGAGUGAGGGCUAGUCCGGGACCGCCGGGCGAGGAGUCCGGCGGCGGCAAACGAGUAUCGUGGCGGCCAAAAAAAUGCUCCUGUACAGAGGGGCCCCCGCGGGCCCUGGCGCGCCAGGCUGUGGGGUGGCCCGGCCGGGCGGCGGCCCGCAGGCCUUCGGGAUCCGAUUGAGCACGAUGAGCCCCCGCUACCUACAGAGCAACUCCAGCAGCCACACGCGACCCUUCAGUGCCAUCGCGGAGCUGCUAGAUAAUGCUGUAGAUCCAGAUGUUUCCGCCAGGACGGUCUUUAUAGAUGUUGAGGAGGUCAAGAAUAAAUCUUGUUUGACCUUUACUGAUGAUGGAUGUGGGAUGACACCUCAUAAACUACACCGAAUGCUCAGUCAAUUCUUCCACAAGAGGAAUGAGGGGCAGUGCCUGUGGCUCAUUGGCUUUGGCUUUACAGAUAAAGUAAUAAGGAAGAGCCAGUGUCCCAUCGGGGUCUUUGGUAAUGGCUUCAAGUCAGGCUCCAUGCGGCUAGGAAAGGAUGCUCUUGUCUUCACCAAGAAUGGUGGUACUCUCACUGUUGGACUGCUAUCACAAACCUAUCUGGAAUGUGUCCAGGCUCAGGCAAUAAUUGUACCGAUUGUUCCAUUCAACCAGCAAGACAGAAAAAUGAUUAUUACUGAGGAUUCCUUGCCCAGCCUAGAAGCCAUCCUGAACUAUUCAAUUUUCAACAGUGAAAAUGACCUGCUAUCCCAGUUUGAUGCUAUACCAGGCAAAAAAGGCACUCGUGUUCUUAUUUGGAACAUCCGCAGAAAUAAAGAUGGAAAGUCUGAGCUGGACUUUGAUACAGAUCAAUAUGACAUCCUGGUAUCAGACUUUGACAUAGAAGAAAAAGAGACUGGUGAUGUUACCUCUGAGCUACCAGAAACAGAAUAUUCUUUACGGGCCUACUGUAGUAUUCUGUACAUGAAGCCACGAAUGAAAAUUUUUCUGCGUCAAAAGAAGGUGACUACUCAGAUGAUUGCGAAGAGCCUGGCCAAUGUAGGACAUGAUAUAUAUAAACCUACCUUCACAAAUAAGCAAGUGAAAAUCACUUUUGGGUUCUCUUGCAAGAAUAGUAACCAGUUUGGAGUAAUGAUGUAUCAUAACAACCGACUCAUAAAGUCUUUUGAGAAGGUGGGGUGCCAGAUGAAGCCAACACAUGGAGAAGGUGUGGGAGUAAUUGGAGUCAUUGAGUGCAAUUUCCUAAAACCUGCCUACAACAAACAAGACUUUGAGUACACCAAGGAGUACCGGUUGACAAUAAAUGCCCUUGCCCAGAAGCUCAAUGCUUACUGGAAGGAAAAAACAUCUCAAGAGAAUUUUGAGACCUCAGCCAUAGCCAGGCCAAUACCGAAGAUUCCUGACCAGACAUGGGUACAGUGUGAUGAGUGUCUUAAAUGGAGGAAGCUUCCUGGCAAAGUUGAUCCAUCUUCAUUACCUACAAGAUGGUUUUGUUAUUAUAAUUCCCAUCCAAAGUACAGGAGAUGCUCUGUUCCGGAAGAACAAGAACUCAGUGAUGAAGACCUGUACUUGAGCAAAGUUAAGAAACAAGAUCAGAUUGUUGAGAAGAAGAAGAUGCCUAUGGAAAAUGAAAACCACCAGGAAUUCCGUAAUCCACUGAAGAUCCCUACUGUUCAAGAUAUGGCUGGAAUGAACAAGAGAACUGAAUAUGUGGGCAUUGAUUGCCCUAACAUGCUUCCAGCUGCUGGAGAAGAAAGCAAAUCACCCUCUCUUCAACUUAAGCCUCUGGAUUCCAGUGUUCUUCAGUUUUCCAGUAAGUACAAAUGGAUCCUAGGCGAGGAACCUGUGGAGAAACGAAGAAGGCUCCAGAAUGAUAUGACAACACCUCCUUUACAUUGUUCCAUGCCUGGUCCUUACAGGAAGGUUGAGGCAGCUGUUGCCUACCCAGAAGGGGAGAACAGCCAUGACAAAUCCAGUUCUGAAAGAAGUACACCACCGUACCUGUUCCCAGAAUACCCAGAAGCAAGCAAGAAUACAGGUCAGAAUAGGGAUGCUUCAGUUCUGUAUCCUGGGGUCCAAGACCAACGCCCAGUGUCCCUCCUUCCUGAAGAAUUAGAAGAUCAGAUGCCAAGAUUAGUCGCAGAAGAAUCUAACAGAGGUAGCACAAGAAUAAACAAAGAAGAAGUGAACAAAGGACCUUUUGUAGCUGUUGUUGGUGUUGCCAAAGGUGUUAGAGAUUCAGGAGCUCCCAUUCAGCUUAUCCCUUUUAACAGAGAAGAGCUUGCUGAGAGACGAAAAGCAGUUGAAUCCUGGAACCCAGUCCCUUACUCUUCUGUGGCCUCUGCUGCAGCCACUGGGGAGAAAGGAAGAGGUUAUGAGGAGAGUGGAGGUCGUAAUACACCAAAGGUGAAGAACCAGAAAGAGCUUGAAGAAUUGAAGAGAACCACAGAAAAACUGGAACGCGUUUUGGCUGAGAGGAAUUUGUUCCAGCAAAAGGUGGAAGAGCUAGAACAGGAGAAGAAUCAUUGGCAUUCUGAAUUCAAGAAAGCCCAACAUGAAUUGGUGACCUACAAUACCCAGGAGACAGAAGGCUUGUAUUGGAGCAAGAAACACAUGGGUUAUCGCCAAGCCGAAUUCCAGAUUCUGAAAGCUGAGCUGGAAAGAACCAAAGAGGAAAAACAAGAAUUAAAAGAGAAACUGAAGGAGACAGAGACACACUUGGAAAUGCUGCAGAAGGCUCAGGUCUCCUACCGGACCCCAGAGGGAGAUGACCUAGAAAGGGCUUUGGCAAAGCUUACGCGGCUGCGUAUCCACGUCAGCUAUCUCCUUACUUCUGUCCUCCCUCACUUGGAGCUUCGUGAGAUCGGGUAUGACUCAGAACAAGUGGAUGGGAUCCUGUACACAGUGCUGGAGGCAAAUCACAUUCUGGAUUGAGCACCAGGCUCUGUAGACUCUUCUGUACCCUCCUCUUCUCUCCUCUCCACCUCUCCUCCUCCUCUUCUCUCCCCCCUUAGCCAUGUCUCUCUCUCAACUUUAUGCCUUGUAUAGAUACUCUUCUUGUAAAUCCUGGCUCUUAAUCAGUCUGCUUCCUAUACACGUUUGGUAUGGAGAAAGAAGCCAGUUAAAUAGGCUUUCAAGUAUCUAGGAACAGAAAAGCAAUGUCAUCAAGCUAGGUGACCUGAAAGCUUUAAUUUUCGUGACCUAGAUACUUGGCCUACUCCUAUCCUUUCUGAAAUGGUUUAUAUUAAUUUAGGUUAAAUCAGUCAGCAAAUACCGAAUCCAGUGUACCAGGUGUUUUGGGAUAAGCCAAGAAGUAUAACUCCACAAUUUCAGCCUUCAAAGAUCUAGUGGAAAUACAAGACACAUACCAAGUUAAUACACACAAGUGCCUGAUGUAUACAAGUGAGUGGUAUGAACAUGACACAGACUGGGGUGGGGGGAAUUUCAAGAAAGACAUCACACCAGAAAUGGGACGGAAAUUGAGGUUUAAAGAAUGACCAUGAGCACACUAUUAACGAGUGUUCUUUAGGUGGUAGGACUAUGGUUGAUGGUUUUUCUUCUUCCUAUCUUCCUGCCUCUCUCAAGUUUUCUAUAAUAAAUGUGUUAUUCUUCUUACAUCGGAAAAAAAUAAAUUCUUUUUAAAAACAA